AUGGGCGACGUAGACUGGGAACUGCAGCAGGGUGUUCCCCAAGUGGAAGACCCUUUCAUCCAGCAAUACCUGCGAGGGCGCGAUGCCCUGAUCGCCGAGGAGCAGAAGCGCCGCCAUGACUUUACCCUGCGCAAGUCGCUCUCGCCCAUCGCCGCCAGAGCGUGCAAAAUUGUCUCGCACAUCCGCGACCAGGAGCGCCGCCAGGUCUGGUCAACCGGCUUAGACACCGCAGCCGCCCAUGAGUCCGACGAGAUUUUGUACCCGGGCGUCAUGUUCAACCUGGCCAAAGGCCGCAUGGAGCAGACCAAACUCUGGCAGAUUGUCCAGAAGAUGCCCAAGGGCUCGCUCCUGCAUGCCCACAUGGAUGCCAUGUUUGACAUCGACUUCCUGAUCGACCAGGCCUUGGCGACGCCCGGUAUCUACAUGUCGGCGCCGAAGCCGUUGCUUACGCCCAAGGACUACGAGUCGGCCCCGAUCAACUUCCAGUUCUCAUCCCAAAUGCCAGCAGAGGACCAGCCCAGUGUGUGGUCCGAGGGAUACGAGUCUUCCUCAUUUACCCCGAUCGCCAAAGCGGCGGCGUCCUUCCCCAAGGGCCAAGAGGCCGGCUUCCGCGACUGGCUGAAGAGCCGUUGUGUGCUCAUGCCCGAGCACUCCUACCACCAUCACCACGGCGUCGAUGCCAUCUGGUCCAUCUUUGAGAAGACCUUCCCCGUCGUCAACUCCCUGGUGAACUACGAGCCCAUUUUCCGGGCAUGUUUCCGCCGCAUGUUGGCGCAGCUCGCGACAGAUGGGGUGCGGUACGUCGAGUUUCGCAUCGCGUUUCUCUUCCAGUAUCGCAAAGAAGGCCACGAGACACCCGAGACAGAUUAUGGAGAGUUCUGUCGCGUGGUCGAGGAGGAAGUGGCCCGGUUCAAAACCACGGAAGAAGGAAAGCACUUCUAUGAGGCGCGCAUCAUCUGGACGACCAUCCGGCGGUUCUCCAAUAAGGAGAUUAUCGAGAGCAUGAAGCAGUGCAUCGCCAUCAAACAGGCGUUUCCAGACCUCAUCUGUGGAUUCGAUCUCGUCGGGCAGGAGGACCGAGGCCGGCCGCUGGUGGAUCUCGUCCCGGCGCUGUUCUGGUUCCGCAAACAAUGCCUCGAGGAAGAAGUCGACAUUCCGUUCUUUUUCCACGCCGGUGAAUGCUUGGGAGACGGCGAUGCGACCGAUCACAAUCUGUUCGAUGCCAUCCUCCUCGGGACCCGGCGCAUCGGCCACGGAUUCUCACUGUUCAAACACCCGCUGCUCAUCGAGCUCGUCAAGGAAAAGAAGAUCCUCGUGGAAUGCUGCCCGAUCUCCAACGAAGUCCUCCGUCUCACCAGCUCCAUCAAGAGCCAUCCGCUCCCGGCACUGCUCUCCCGCGGCGUGCCCGUCUCCCUCUGCAACGACGACCCGGCGAUCCUGGGACAUGGCCGAAACGGACUGACGCAUGAUUUCUGGCAAGCUCUCCAAGGGCUGGAUAAUGUGGACCUGGUGGGCCUGGCAAUGAUGGUCCAGAAUUCGAUCCGCUGGAGCUGUUAUGAAGACCAGUCGACGGCGGAGUGGAAGGGGGAGGUGCACGAGGGCAUUCUGGGCGAGGGGAUCAAGGCGGCGCGCUUGCGGGAGUGGUGCUCGGAGUUUGAGAAGUUCUGCGAGUGGGUGGUGUUGGAGUUUGCCGAAUUUGACGAGGAUGAAUAG